ACAUUUAAACGUUGACGUAGUCCUUCUACUGUGUAGAAACAAUCACUUAUAAAAGAUCACGCUAUCGACAUAUUAUUAGGAUUCAAAUAUAAAAAAUUGUUAAAUAGUUAUUUAUUUGACUAACAAGUUAAAAUGGCUGUUAUUACCAUGCAGUCAUUAAAAGAAGGAAUAAAGUUGCAUGUAACUAUUGCCAGCCGUGGAUUACAUUUAUUAAGAGAUCUGGCUUAUAUUGAUGGCAAGUGGUUAGGAGCAAACAGUUGUCAGACAUUUCCUGUUUUAAAUCCGGUUAAUAAAUCUGUCAUUAAAAAUGUUCCUGAUAUGAAUCCAGAAGAUACUCGAGCAGCUAUUAAUGCAGCAUCUAAAGCAUUUGAAACAUUCAAACUUACAACAGCAAAAGAGAGAAGUGAUUUACUAAGGAACUGGUAUAAUCUUAUGGUUAAACAUUCAGAAGAUUUAGCUAAAAUUUUGACUAAAGAAAAUGGUAAAUCAUUGGCAGAAUCUAGAGGAGAAAUUAAAUAUGGAAAUUCUUUUAUUGAAUGGUUUUCUGAAGAAGCAAGACGUGUUAAUGGAGAAGUUCUUCAAGCUCCACUACUUAAUAGAGAAUUACUUUUAUUAAAACAACCAGUUGGAGUAUCUGCUUUAAUUACACCAUGGAAUUUUCCUCAUGCAAUGAUUACCCGAAAAGCGGGUGCCGCUCUUGCGGCUGGAUGUACUUGCGUCGUUAAACCAUCUGAGGAUACACCACUCACUGCACUAGCACUAGCUGAUCUUGCAGAAAAAGCAGGUUUUCCUGCUGGUACUUUUAAUGUAAUUACAACAAGUACAAAAAAUUCUGCUGCAGUUGGCAAGGAACUUUGUGAUAAUCCUGCAAUAAGAGUUCUUUCAUUUACUGGGUCUACAAACAUUGGAAAAAUUUUAUAUCAACAGUGUGCAGGAACCAUGAAGCGUCUUAGUCUUGAACUUGGAGGUAAUGCACCAUAUAUUGUUUUUAAUUCUGCUGAUCUGGAUGCAGCUGUAACAGGAGCAAUGGCUAGCAAGUUCCGUAACACAGGUCAGACUUGUGUUUCUGCCAACAGAUUUUUUGUACAAGCAGAAAUAUUUGAUAAGUUUAUUGAAAAAUAUUUGGUUAAAAUUAAUAGUGAGAUUAAGAUGGGUGAUGGUAGUAAAGAAGGUAUUACUCAUGGACCUCUUGUUAAGGAUAGUCAACUCCAAAUGGUAGAUGACCUAGUUCAAGAUGCAAUCUGUAAGGGAGCUAAAGUACAUUGCGGUGGAAAACCAUUACCUGAGUUGGGUCCUUUAUUUUAUGCUCCUACAUUGCUCACAGAUGUUACUAAAGAUAUGAAAAUAUAUAAUAAAGAAAUAUUUGGUCCUGUGGCUGUUAUUAAUAAAUUCCAUAAUGAGGAAGAUGUUUUGAAAGAAGCUAAUGAUACUCCUGUGGGAUUAGCUGGAUAUUUUUAUUCGCAAGAUAUAUCACAAGUGUUUAGAGUAGCAAGGAAGAUGGAAGUCGGUAUGGUGGGUGUAAAUGAAGGAUUAAUUUCGUCCACAGAAGCUGCAUUUGGAGGUAUAAAGGAAUCAGGAUUAGGAAGGGAAGGAUCUAGUCAUGGCAUUGAUGAUUUUAUUGAUAUUAAAUAUGUGUGUAUAGGAAAUUUAAGGUAUUAACUACUAAAUAGUUAACAUUAAGCAGAUAUAAUCAAUACUAUGAAAAUAGAGUAAGUUUACUUUAGAAGUAAAAUUUUAAAUAUAUCCUGAGGGCUUCCAUAAAAAUAUACACAAAUAGUUACUAUUAGCUUAUAUGUAGUAUAUUCUUAUAAUGAGAUUAAUAAGUAAUGUACAAAUAAUUAGUUGGUUUAGAUACUAUUACAUUAUUUAGUACUAGUAUAUUAUAAUAUUU